AUGAACAUCCGGCUAGCGCGGGUAGAAGACCUACCGGGGAUGCAGGGAUGCAACCUGCAGAACCUGCCCGAAAACUAUACGAUGAAGUACUACCUGUACCAUAUCUUGACCUGGCCCCAGCUGUCGUACGUUGCGGAGGACGAGAAGGGCCGGAUAGUGGGUUACAUCCUUGCCAAGAUGGAAGAGGACCUAGCAGAAGACCAGGAGCCGCACGGGCACGUCACGUCGAUAUCAGUACUGAGGUCGUACAGACGGCUGGGUCUGGCGAAGAGGUUGAUGGUCCAGUCUCAAGAGUCCAUGGCGACGGUUUUCCGCGCCUCCUACGUCUCGUUGCACGUCCGCAAGUCGAACCGUGCGGCGCUGUCGCUCUACAGGGACACGCUUGGGUUCACAGUAAAAGACAUCGAGAAGAAGUAUUAUGCGGACGGCGAGGACGCAUAUGCUAUGAAGUUGUCACUCAAGGAUCUUGUCCGAUGA